AUGUAUGAACUCGAAACUAAACGCCGGGAGAUGAAACAGAAGGAGCUAAUCAAGGAGCUCACGGCUGCUGCUGAGGAGGCCAACAAGAUAGCAAUCGACUUUGAAACUCAGGUUAACAAUAUCAAGGCUAAUGUCAAAGCCUUGGGGGAGGCUGACAAGGAGAACACCGAGCUGAAGGCUGAGGCCGGCAUCGAGGAGGAGCACGCAGAAGAGAUAGUUCCGGGUGAGGCUAGAGAAGCCCAAACCCAGCAAACUCAAGAAACCCCUCCUACCGGCCAGGGCCAGCCAUCACAACAGCAACAGCAGCAGCAGCAGUAG